CUGCUGGUGUGUAAUCUGUUUUCUGAUCCAAAUAGAGUUCGAUGUUCUUUUGUGAUUGUUUUUUUGUUGUGAUAUAAUUUGGUUGGGCCGGAUUGCCUGAGUGCUGUCCUGGUCUGGACUGAGUUCCAGCACUAGCUGGGAAAGGGCGCUCUCUCUCUCUCUCUCUCUCUCUCUCACACACACACACACGCACUCUCGCACACUCGCUCUCUCUCUUUCUUUCUUUCUUUCUCUCUCUCGCUGUCUCACUCGCUCUUUCUUUUUCUUUCUCUCUCUCUUUCUCUCUGGCUCUCUCUCUCUCUUUCUUUUUUUCUCUCUCUCUCACUCGCUCUCUCACUCCCUUUCUUUCUCUCGCUCAAUCUCUCUCUCUCUCUCUCUCUCUCUCUCUCUCUCUCUCUCUCUCUCUCCCCACAGUUGGUAUGAGGGAGAUUUAACCAAAACGAAGGCAACAGAAAAGAUCUGGAGAAGUACUCACGAGUCAUUUCGGUCGGUUUUUAUUUAACGGGAAUAAACCGUCUGCAGUCGAGAACUGUCUAACAUUUCGGGACAUUUUCUGUCUAUCUAACUAUACCGCGCUACUGUGUGUGUGUGUGUGUGUGUGUGUGUGUGUGUGUGUGUGUGUGAACUUGAUUUAAAAUAUAUAUAUAUAUUUAUAGAGAUAACUCUGAGUCAGUGUGUGUGUGAGCGAGAGAGAGAGAGACUAUCCAUGGCGUGGUCACUGAGUCACCUCAGUGGUGUUUAAUUGAUGAAUUUGAACAGGCGGAGACAGAAAGCAUGAAGCAUCAUGUUCACUAUCUGUUCCGCUGGGAAAAACCUGAGAACUGCCUGCACAGACCUGGACGAGUUUGAUUCUAUACGCAGUGUUUUACUCUACAGUGAGCUCGAGCCUGAGUGGCUCGACGACGUUCAAAAGAAUGGUGAGCUCUUCUAUCUGGAGUUGAGUGAGGGCGAAGAAGAAGCUGUACUCUCUCACAUCACCGCCACUCAGUCUGCUGCCACCAAUCAUGUGCGUUUCAGCGAAAAAGAGGCCGAAAUCAUCACUGACAAAGGCAGCAAAAAACAUGCAGACUCUAGCAGGAAAUCACAACCAAAAUUCAAGAAGCUUGCUAAAAUCCUCGGACGCAACCGACAUCCAUCUCAGAGAAGCAGGGCUGAUGGGAAAAACGGCAGAACUUCUCAACAACCGGCAUCCAUUUUGAAGAACCAGUCGGGGCAGCGGACAGGAUUGGUGGUGCAGCAGCCAUAUUUGAAAGAUGUGUGUGUGUACAUCAACCCUAAACGACUGGGCAGUAUUUCUCCUCCUACCUCAGAGAAAGGGGGCUUGCUGGAGGCCUUAUUGGGAGUUGUCCUCCGGGGUGGAGAUGGUUUGAGCUGUAAUGGGGAGAGACUUGUCAUUCAUGGACUGGUACCUCAUAGUCCUGCUAGCAAGUGCGCACAGAUUUUAAUUGGUGACGUCCUUGUAGCUGUUGAUGACGUGGAUGUUACAUCAGAGAAUAUUGAGAGAGUUCUGUCUUGUAUUUCUGGACCAACACAGGUGCAUUUGACUCUGGAGACUGGCAUUGCAGGCACUGUAAUGGACUCAGAGGUGCCGAGACCGAGACCCACCGCCCCCGUCAGCCAGCUGGUGCGUCUCCUCUGGGGUGAGGACACCACGGAGCUGCAGAUGAGCGUAGCACACAUUCCUCACAUCAUCAUGUACCUGUCACUCAAACUGGACUCUGAGUCGCCUCAGGAGGAGCAGGAGAUCUUGUACCAGUACCCAGUGUCUGAGGCAGCAGCACAGCUGAAGGGAGUGAGAGGAAUCUUCCUCACACUGUGUGACAUGCUGGAGAACGUCACUGGAGGACAGAUAGUCAGUUCAUCUCUAUUACUCAGAAAGCAGUUGGUCCAUGUGGGUUAUUGGAAGGAAGGAGAGAAUCUGCUGGUGAUCGGUCUGCCUUCUGACAGGGUGCCAUUGCUGCAUCUGCAGACCGUUAUAAAUGGAUUGGUGCGAACUCUCAGGGUCAUGUACGGCUCUCUGCACAGUGCCUUCUGUGAGGUGGAGAAUGCACCUCGGCUGGAUCAUUUCUUCUGCCUGUUCUUCCAGAGACUCAUCCAACCCUCUCGUUUGAGUGACAGCCCUGGCUCCUCCCCCUCCAACAUCUCUGGGACCCUCUUCCUAGAUGACUUACCCGCCAUGCGCUGGCUCACUUUACCGCCAGACAUUAAGGUCGAAGUGGACACUGUUCUGUCAGACUUUGAGUCCUCAGACUUUGGUGACAUGUCAGAAGACUUCUAUGGAAUGAGGCGUUUGUACGUCAUUUUAGGGUCCUGUCUCUUCUACAAGGGUUAUCUGAUAGCGAACCACCUGCCUAAAGAGGACCUGCUGGACGUGUGUCUGUACUGCCAGCACUACUGUCUGCUGUGUCUGGGUGCAGAGCAGCGUGUGGGGCAGCUGGUGGUGUGGAGGGAGGUGUUCCUGCAGCGCCGCUCACAGCCCGAGUCCCGCACCUCUACCUCUACUUCCACCUCCACGUCCCAGCCGGGCUACUGCGAGUCCCACAGCCGCUUCUUCCUCCUCGUUGUGGGUCUGAGACAUUAUAUGCAGUGUGUGUUGCUGGAAGCCGGUGGUUGUGCGUCUCUCGCUCUCGGAUCUCCUGGUCCUGACUGCAUCUACGUCGACCAGGUCAAAGCGACUCUCCUGCAGCUGGAAAGUCUCGAGUCUGCAAUUGAAGAACGCCUGUCAGCUCCUCCUACUCCUUCCCUGUCCUGUGCAGACUGGUUCCUGCCUUCCGGUGGGCGCGACCGCCAGGACAUGAUUGGCAGCUCACCCAUCCUAAACCGGCUGACGGCAGCCAUCAAGCCACCAUCACCCGGCACAAUAGGUCGUAGCCUGUUCAGAGAGGCGGGGUCAGGGCUGAAGGGCAGGAAGCCGAGCCCACAGAGGAGUGUGUCGGACAGUGGGAGUGAGGGCCGAAGCGAACAGGGUGACUUUGGGCUGAGGAUGCCAUCUGCUGGUACCCGCAGGGACUCGCUGGGGUCUGGGGGAUCAGACGGUAGUGGAGGCAGCGGAGGACUGUUUAAGAUUCCCAAACUUAAGCAGCCCAAUCCGUUCUAUCUGGGUUCUCUGAAGAAGAGUCUGACUGAGAGGGAGGCUGAGGAGAUGCAGAACACGCUGAAGCUCACGGCAGGUUUGGAAAACACACUCUUUCACUAUAUUCUGAUGGAGACGGUGCAGGGCAUCUUCAUCACGCCCACACACAGAGAGCAAUCACAGCUCAGCGGUUCCAUUCACCCUCAACUCAUCCGCAACUUCCACCACUGCUGCCUGUCCAUCCGCCACGCCUUUCAGCAGAGCCUGCUACCACGGCAGGACAGAAGAGGAACUGACAGGCCCCACACUUCUCGAGGCCUCGGUCCAGUUAAAGAACAUGGCAUUUUGUUCCAGUGCAAACCUGAGAACUGGACCGACCAAAAGAAACCUGCUCCCACAAUGACCUACUGGGUUAUCGGGAGGAUGGUGCUAGAACCCGUCCCUCAGGAGUUCUACGUGUGUUUCCACGACUCCAUAUCGGAGGUCCCUGUGGAGAUGGCCUUCAGGCUCUCGUUCGGCCUGGCCAUGUGAUUUGUUCAGGCUUCCUGGGUCACUUUAAUAUUAAAAACCUGCAUAACACUUCACGAGGAAUAGAGACACUGAAGCGGAACGAUGGAUUAAAUAAAGGGCUGAAUUCAGGUUCCUUUAAUUUAUAU